CUGGACGCCGCGAAGGGCGUGCGGGGCGAGCUGUGGACGCAAGAGGAGCCUGUCUACGCCCGAGAGUGCGCUGCCGCGGACCUGGAGAUCGCGGUGCAGGGCUCAGAGCGCGUGCCCGCAAUCCAGCUGUUCCCACAGCCCCAGCCCCUCAGUGCGCGGGCGCGCCGAGCAGUGGCGCAAUCAUCGUGACGCACUUCCGGGAUGUUGCCUUGGGAACGGCGGGGCACACCCCUCCUUAUGUGUGGGGUUAGUGGUGCAGGAAGACAGACAGCUUGCUGCAGUCCCGGCGACCUCCUCCUCGUCUGCCGGGUGCUCCACCCCACCGUCACGUCACCUGGCUGUGACUGUCGCCUCUGGCGUCAAAGGCGAUUUAAGUGCUCCUCUGUGCAGUGCGGUUGAAUGGAAACAACGCUUUCUUGAGGUUUAGACGUUGGUCUGCAGGAGAAGAUGCACUUUCUGUAUUGGUGUAAGGGAAAUUACUGUGUAGCUGACACAUUUGCAUUGGAUUUCCUCUGAUUUAUCCUGAAAUAUAUAUAAGAACGAUGUACACUGCCAAGAAGUGUGGAGUUAGAUUCCAGCCUCCAGCUGUUAUCUUAAUUUAUGAGAAUGAAGUCAAGGGGAAGAACCGCCAGCGCAUCAUGCCGGUCCGAAACUUCUCCAAGUUCUCAGAUUGCACCAGAGCUGCUGAACAAUUAAAGAAUAAUCCACGCCACAAGAGUUACCUGGAACAGGUAUCCCCAAAGCAGCUAGAGAAGUUGUUUGCUCUUUUACGAGGUCACUUAUGCGGACAGAGUUUGGCAACAACGAUGGAACAAAUCCAGCGGGAAACCAGCAUUGAUCCUGAGGAAGACCUGAACAAACUGGAUGACGAGGAGCUUGCCAAAAGGAAGAGCAUUAUGGACGAGCUCUUUGAGAAAAACCGGAAGAAGAAGGACGACCCAGAUUUUGUUUACGACAUCGAAGUUGAGUUCGCACAGGAUGAACUGCAGUCCUGCAGCUGGGACACAGACUCAGCUGAUGAGUUUUAACACUGGACACUCAACUCACCGGGCCAGCAGCACGCCUGUGUUUUUACAAACAACACAGACUGAUUCUAGAAAAAUCUAUAAAGAACCCUUGGUUGUAAAACCAAGACAUUUAUACCUAUUAUGUAGGUGUGUAAGAAAUACAGGAAAAACAGUAUAGGAGUCUGCCGGUAAGGAGUUUACACACUAAUUAGAAGAUAACUCAGAGGACUUGUGAAAAGAACAUAAAACUUCUAAGCAGCAGAAAGGGUUAGAGGCAGAUGCUUGACAAAGGCCAAAGAAGGUCAGAGCUUAAGUUACUACAGGGGAAAAUCGUCAGGGAAGACUUUUCCUUUUAUUAGAGAGGUGGGGCUUUGCCUGGUCCUGCAGUGGCAGUAUUUAGCUAAAAGCUUACGUAGGAUUCCACAGGAGAGCAACCAGAAAAAAAGGGAAAGUGGUAAAAUGACAAGAAAUUUUUCAAAAAAUGUAUUUUAGCAAAUUUAGUUUGACAAGAUCAGAAGGUGUUUAUGGUUACAGGGAGUUAUCCUGUGUGUCUUUAUUUGUAUUUAAUUCUGUUUUGUGUGUGUUUAACUCUGGCGUGACAGGGUCCCCCGCAAAGUGCCCUGUAGCUGCCAGUGGACAAUCAUGACAAACAGCAGGGGAAUUUUGCCCCUCCAGGAUCAGG